AUGCCUGUGCACCUGUCCCGGGCUGUGUGUGUACACCUGUCCCAGGGCGGGCGUGUCCAGGCCCCGGGGGUGAUGCUCGUCCCGCCCGGGUCGGUGCCUUGGUGGGUGCAGCCGGCCCGGCCCCCGGGCUCCUGGCGGGGAGGCGGGGAGGGCCGGGGCCAGCCCCGCUCUGAUCCCUCCUCCUCCUCCUCCUUCCCCGCCCGCCGCCUUUUCCCCGCUGCCGCCGCCGCCGCCCGCCGGGCGCAUCCCAGCGGACUCUGUCGGGACUCGGGGCGGCGGCGCUCGCCGCCGGCCAUGGCCGUGCCCGCCGCGCUGCUCAGCCCCCACCACCUCCUCUCCUUCUGCUUCCCCGCCGCCGGCGGGCUCCUGGGCUAUGCCGACCUGGAGAAGGGCUACGAGGGCGGCGGCGGCGACGCGGGGGACUUCAGAGAAGCCACCCGGGACCUGCUGAGCUUCAUCGACUCGGCUUCCAGCAACAUCAAGCUGGCGCUGGACCGGCCGGUGAAGUCCCGGCGGAAGGUGAACCACAGGAAGUACCUGCAGAAGCAGAUCAAGCGCUGCACCGGCAUCAUCGCCGCCGCCGCGCCGCCGCCCGCCAAGGAGCCGGAGAAGGGCGGCGGGGGCGGCGGCGCCGAGGCCGCCGAGUUCUUCGAGCUGCUGUGCCCCGAGUACGGCGCGCUGCUGCCCGAGCACGCCGCCCCGACCGACGCCUUCGGCGGCCGCCUGCCCGCCGAGCUGGGGCUGGAGCACGGGCUGUACGAGCUGCCGCUGCCCGCCGGGCCGCACCCGCUGCUGGGCGGGCUGCUGUACCCCGAGCCGCCCUGGAGCCCCGCCGCGCCCUGCAGCCCGCCCAGGAAGGCGCCGGCCGAGCCGCUGCGCCCCAUCUACCCCGGCGGCGCCGAGCCCGUGCCCGGCGGCAGCGAGGAGCCCGGCGGGCCUCUGCCCCCGGGGUUCGCCCCCUUCUUCCCCGAGUGCCCGCUGCCCCCGCCGCAGCCCCCCUACGACUUCGGCGGCGGGUACCACCGCGGGGGCUACCCCGGGCUGUAAGGCGGCCGGCGGGAGCGGAGCCCGCAGCCCCGCGGGGGCUCCCACACUCCGCUCCUGUGAGAGCCCCGCGGGCACGGCCCCCGCAGGAUUCACCCUCGUGCACUGCCAGUCUGCUCCUCCUGCGGUUUGGGCGCCGCUGCAAAUAAAAUGUGAAACUUUGGGUUUCUUCAGGUCUUUUUGUAGCGGCCGGUGCCCCCCUUUCAUCCUCCUUGCUUAGGGGCCAGGGCUUGGCCGCCUGUAGGCGGACGCGUUGCUGCACCUGUCAGCGAGGUGGGGACAGGGGCUGCGCUCCUCAGAGGCCGCGGGGACCACUCGUCAAUGAUUUCAGUCUACAUCUAAACCUCAUGUCAACACUUGAGGUGCGUUUAGCGUUUUUCCCAGGCUCACGUUUGUCACAAGUGCUGGCAGGUGUUCAGCUGAGGACACAAAGGCGAGAAAGCGAAGCAAAAUUAAAAAUGCUGCUACCAAAACUCAGUGUACUGAAAUUUUAACAGCGUCUUGUGGGAUCUUGCAAAAAGGCAAUUUACAGUGAUUCGUAAGUUAAUUGAUGGUGUAGGUUCGGGACAAAAAUGUACUGUAGCCACUGCGGCCAUGUGAUUCCUACAGACUGUUGGAUUUCUUCCAGGAAUGUGUCAAAGCUCAGAAAGCAAUGCGGCUCCGUCUCAUUAUGUACAGGAGAUUAUUUGAUAAUCAUUUAAGUUAUGUAAAAAGAGUCUAUGAUAGGUCCUAUAAAAAUAAAGCUACACAAUAGAUCCGA